UUAUGCUUAAAAUGUGAGGGAAAUUUAUGUCAUCGAUACAUCUGUUCGUCUCGAAAUGCUACCAAAUCCAUAUUAACGAGGAAUUUAUUUAUUUGGCAAGAAUGCUGCCACACCGAUUGUGAAGCUAAUCGAUUCACUUGUACAAUCGACAUCCCACACGGCCAAGAAAUAAGCUAUUAGAAUUUACUUAAAAAUCAAUGAAAUUAGUGAGAAAUUAAUUGCGUACAGCUCACACACACAAACACAAGCAGUCAUAAUAAAAGUCAAAAUAGUUGCCACAAGCAGCAGUAAGUGCACCUCCUACACAGCCUAACAAAUUGGAGACAUGGCACACAUAAUGGAAAAUCAAUUAUAUGCUGCUGCGCAAGCGAUUGAACAGCAGUUAGAUCAGGAGAUCGAUCGCUUGGAUAACUUUGACUCUGAUGAUUUAAAGGCACUGAGAGAGAAGCGUAUACAGGAAAUGAAGAAGUUAAACAACAAAAAGCAAGAGUGGCUGAGAAACGGUCAUGGUACAUAUUCUGAGUUGGCCGAUGAGAAGGAGUUUUUCGAGGUCUCUAAGAAAUCGCCAAAUAUUGUGUGUCACUUUUAUAGGGAUACUUCGGAACGGAGUCGCAUUGUUGACAUGCAUCUGAAAAUACUCGCUGCCAAGCAUAUAGAGGCCAAAUUCUGCAAAGUGAAUGCCGAGAAGACGCCAUUCUUAACACAACGUCUACGCAUCAAGGUGUUGCCAACAAUAGCUCUGGUUAAGGAUAGUAAAACCAAGGACUUCAUAGUAGGCUUCACCGAUUUGGGUAACUGCGAUGACUUCUCUACAGAGAUGCUUGAAUGGCGUAUCGCCCACUCGGGUGCUAUUGAAUACAAAGGCGAUUUAAUGCAGCCACCAGAUGUUAAACGCAAACCAUUUAUAAAUCGCCCACAGAAGACAAUACGCGGUGGUUAUGACUCCGACGAUUCAGAUAUCGAUCUUGAUGACUAACGUGGCGCCAACAGCAACCAACGAGAUAUUAUUAACUAAUACAUCCAGAGUAAACACUAGCUGCUUGGUACUUGGUUGCGCCGGGAAAACAAAAA